CACCACAGGCUACAUCCAGGCCUGCAGAGGACUGAUGAUCUCCGCCGUCUGCCUGGGCUUCUUCGGUGCCAUUUUUGGACUGGUUGGGAUGAAGUGCACAAAAGUCGGAGGCUCCGAUCAGACUAAAGCAAAAAUAGCUUGUUUAGCUGGACUGAUUUUCAUACUCUCUGGGUUGUGCUCUAUGACUAGUUGUUCCCUGUAUGCAAACAGGAUUACGUCUGAGUUCUUUGAUCCUUCUUUUGUUGCACAAAAGUAUGAAUUAGGAGCAGCUUUGUUCAUUGGAUGGGCUGGAGCUUCACUCUGCAUAAUUGGUGGCAGUAUAUUCUGCUUCUCAAUAGCUGAAAACAGUCACUCUCCAAGGAGGGGGUAUGCAUAUAAUGGAGCCACAUCUGUGAUGUCUUCUCGUACAAAAGUCCACAACAGUAUCCCAGACAAAACCCCACCAAAGCACUUUGACAAGAACGCUUACGUUUAAUUGUACUGUUGGGAGAUUCAAAGCGUUUUAAAAUUAUUUUGUACGUUUCCUGCGGAGUGAUUUCCCCCCUGCCCCAACCCCAAUGUAGUUACCACUAAGAGAACGACUUUUUAAACAUUUAACUUGCAGCUUUUUACAUAUUGAUGUAAAUUUUAUUGUAUAAUAUUUUAAGAUUGAUGUUGGUAUUGUAAAGUUUAUACCUGGAAAUCAUGAGCUUAUGUUGCUUUCUUGAAAAAAAUAAAUGGGUUAUUUACCAAUUC